UGUUUCGAUGACUCCAAAUUACAUAACCUCAAAACAUUCUUCAAUUGUUUUUAGGAAAUUAGGAAAAGCCUAACAUUAGAAUCUUAUUAUAAUAAUAUAUACCAAAUGGAUGGAACUUUUGCUUACAUCAUUGUCCUCUUUCUUCUUACCUUAUUUUUUACAUUUAAGUUCUUACAAAAACGAAAUAGAACAACACCUUGGAACCAAACAAGUGCAAAGCUUCCUCCUGGUUCAAUGGGGUGGCCUUACAUAGGACAAACCCUUCAACUCUACUCUCAAGACCCAAAUGUUUUCUUCUUCACCAAACAAAAAAGGUACGGAGAAAUAUUCAAGACGAAGAUACUUGGAUGUCCAUGUGUGAUGUUGGCAAGUCCUGAAGCUGCACGUUUUGUGUUGGUGACACAAGCUCACUUAUUUAAACCAACAUAUCCAAAAAGCAAAGAACGUUUGAUUGGUCCUUGUGCUCUGUUUUUUCACCAAGGUGAGUAUCACAUGCGUUUGAGGAAGCUAAUUCAGAGAUCUCUCUCUCUUCAUUCACUUCGCAACUUGGUUCCUCAUAUUCAAGCCUUAGCCAUUUCCACCAUCAAAUCUUGGACUCAUGAUGGAACCAUAAUUAACACCUUUAAGGAAAUGAAAAAAUUUUCUUUUGAAGUUGGUAUUCUCACAAUUUUUGGCAAUCUAGAGUCACAUUUGAGGGAAGAGCUAAAAAAAAAUUAUUGGAUUGUUGAUAGUGGUUACAAUUCAUUUCCAUCUCAAAUCCCUGGUACUCAAUACAAAAAGGCACUAUUGGCAAGAAAGAGACUUGGAAGCAUUUUGAAGGAAAUAAUUAGUGAGAGGAAGGAGAAGAAGUUAAUUGAAAAAGAAAGAGAUCUUUUGAGCUGUUUAUUGAAUUGGAAAGGUGAAGGUGAAAAGUUAUCUGAUGAUGAAAUUGCAGAUAAUAUUAUUGGUGUACUUUUUGCUGCUCAAGAUACCACAGCUACUGUUAUGACUUGGGUGGUGAAGUACUUGCAUGAUGAACCAAAACUUCUGGAGUGUGUAAAGGCUGAGCAAAAGGCAAUUCACAUGGAAAAUGAUGGUAACCUAAGUUGGAAUCAGACUAGAAAUAUGCCAAUUACCAAUAAGGUUGUGUUAGAGAGCAUGAGAAUGGCAAGUGUCAUAUCAUUUCCUUUUAGAGAAGCAGUAGCUGAUGUAGAGUACAAGGGAUUCCUAAUACCAAAAGGGUGGAAAGCAAUGCCUCUGUUCAGAAAUAUUCAUCACAAUCCAGAAUUUUUUCCUGAGCCUCAUAAAUUCAACCCUUCAAGAUUUGAGGUUGCACCAAAACCAAAUACUUUCAUGCCAUUUGGUAGUGGAGUACAUGCAUGUCCUGGCAAUGAGCUUGCUAAGCUGGAGACACUGAUUAUGAUUCAUCAUUUGGUCACCAAGUUUAGGUUGGAAGUGGUAGGAAGAGAAUCUGGGAUUCAAUAUGGGCCAUUCCCAUUGCCUUUAAAUGGACUCCCAGUAAGGUGUUGGAGAGAAUCUAGCAGCAGCUAGAAAAAGCAUCAUUGAAAUAAUGACAUCAUUGCUGAGGAACAAUCCACUUUCCAAAGUCACAAAUUCAUCUUUUUGUUUUCUUUUUUAUAUUGACUAUGUAGUCAUUUUUGUCACCUCUAUCCUACAAAAUUCCCUGCAGGGUACCCUUAAAAAAAGAUGGGAAAUACCUCAACAGGAAAUGGACCUUUCAUUUACUAUGCAACCAUCAUAAUUUGGUACAAUCUAAAUAAAAAAUAAUUUAAUAAUACUUCUAUUUA